CAGCAUAAAUAGGUGACGAUGAUGUGCAAUGAAGAAGGGUCGUACUGGCUUUUUGUGUUUAGUUUGGUGUCCUUACCGAUUAGCAUGGUUGGCUACGUAGGGUACGAAGGAAAUUCAACGCACACGGUGUUGCUAUUCAAACUAUUACUACAUUUUAAAGAUAUUUUAUCAUGUAAGGCUCCAAUGAGCUGUAGAGCACCUUUUCAGAAGCGACCUGGCCACAAAUGAAAGCCCAACGAGAAGUGGCUUAUCGUGCGGAAAUGCAUAGCAGCCAAAAAUUACUCUUAAGCGCUUGUUUUUAUAAUGUGGAGGGACAAACCCGGAGGACCUGGAGAAAAUUCCACGCAACCACGGGGAGAGAGCAAGAGACAGAGGUGACGUCCCCGGUGAGACUUGUCGCGGAUGAACAAAACCAAGAGGGAAAUAACAACGAGGCGAGGACCGACAUCUGGAAGCAAAGGAGGAGGAGGGGGACGAGGAGGUGACAAGAGAGCGGCAGCGGCAGCAUCAGGAAGAGGAGGGACAGGAGGUGGCAGAGGAGACGUCGUCGUCACCACAAUGGCGCGUUUAGCGGGGACGGCCGUGCGAUGGCUUCUCGUGACCUUUGCCCUGCGCCCCCCUGUGCUGACCCAGGGUGGUCACCACAGCGUGGUGUUGCUGGGCGCCACGGGGGACCUGGCACGCCGCCACCUGUGGCCGGCGCUCUUCAGCGUCUACGCCCAGCGGGCGAGCGUGCCGGCGCCGCCACUACCAGGAGGAGACGACGGCGCGGGGGGCGGCGGGUGGCGGCGCGACACGUUCUCGUUCCACGGCGCGGCACGAGCGGAACCCGCGCAGGGGCGGCCCGCGAUGUUCAGCGCGUUGGGGCCGGGGCGGCUGCGGUGCCCGCGGAGGGUGGCUCCGGCACUGUGCAGCGUCCUGAGGCAUCAGUUUGUGAUGCUCACCUCGUACCACCGCCUGUCGACGGAGGGCGACUUCCUCUCGCUCUGCCGGGACUUCCUGUCGGCGCGGGCUGAGGAGGAGGGCCUCGUGGAAAGCGGGCGGCUCUUCUACCUGUCGGUGCCACCGCACGCCUACCCCGCCAUCGUCGCCCACCUCCACAGGCACUGCCGCUCGCCACAGCCCGGCGCGUGGCUGCGCGUGCUGCUGGAGAAGCCGUUUGGACGGGACCUGGCGUCGUCGCGGGAGCUUGUGGCGUCGCUCGCCGGCUCGUUGCAUCACGACGAGCUUCACCUCAUCGACCACUACCUCGCCAAGCCGGCGGUGGCUGCGAUCCUGCCGUUCCGAGCGCUCAAUGCUCCGUCUCUCACCACCGUCUGGGGCGGCCCCAACGUCCGCAGGGUGGAGGUCACACUGAUGGAGGCGCACGGGGUCAAAGGGCGGAUGAGCUUCUACGACAAGUACGGGGUGGUGCGCGACGUGCUGCAGAACCACCUGACCCAGGUGGCGGCCCUCAUCGCCAUGGAGAUGCCCCCCGCUCGCGACCCCGUCACCGCGGCGAUGCUGCGGGCCGCCUCGUUGGCCGAGCUGCUGCCCCCGGAUCGCUCGAGCGCCGUGAUUGGCCAGUACGAGGGCUACGGGGAGGAGCUUGCCCAGGAGCUGGGGCUGGCCGGGGUCGCCGAGGGCAACGGCAGCCGCACGGCGACCUAUGCAGCGGUGGCGCUUCGCUGGUCCUCGCCGCGCUGGCGCUCCGUGCCCUUCGUGCUCGCCUCGGGCAAGCUGUCGUCACGGCGCCGCGUGGCCCUCGCGCGCCUGCUCCUGCGCCGCCCCCGCGGGGCCCAGAUCGUCUUCCUCGUUGGGGGCGGCGGCGCCCACGAACCGGAGUCGGAAUCCGGAGCUGGAGCCGGAUCCGGAGCGGGCCACGCGUCGGCGCUGCUCGUGAGCCGCUCUCUCUUCCGGCCGCGCGUCGACGAGCGGCUCUGGAGGGAGGCGCGGAGCCCGGAGGAGCUCGGCCUCGGAGACGACGACCUGGAGCCCCCCCCCGAGGGGGAGGAGGGGGAGGCUGUCGCCGCAGCAGGGAGGAGAAUCCGAUGGCUGGGCGCGCCGCUCGACUCGUUCCACGCGUUCGUGCUGCGGUCACAGCCCGGCGGCGGCGGCGGCAGAGACGGCGCGUCCAACCGCGACCCCGACAACAUCAACGGCGACGACGACGAGGUGGCGCUGGAGCUGGCGCUGGAGGGCAGUGCCCACGCCGUGCUGCUGGACGCCGCCCUGCGUGGCCGCGGCGCCGACUUCGUGUCGCUGGGCGAGCUGGAGGCCGCGUGGGGGGCCUGGGACCCGCUUCUCGCGCAGCUGCAGGGGGUCGCGCCCAUACUUUACCCUCCCGGCACGCACCCUCCUCUGCACCCUGCGGCGUACGGUGGGGACGAUAGUGGGGACGACGCCGAUGGUGGCGACGGUGGUGGUGAUCACGGUGAUGAUGAAUUUAACAAGGGUGGCAGCAUUGAUGAGAUAGAUGAUGAUGAUGAAGACAUUGCUGGUGGUGGUGGCUUUACGAAGAGAGAUGAUAAUGAUAGCGGCAAUGGUGAUGGUAACGAUCAUGAUGGUGAUGAUGAUAGGGAUGAUGGUAACGAUCAUGAUGGUAAUGAUCAUGAUGGUGACGAUGAUGAUGGUGACGAUGAUGAUGGUGAUGAUGGUAAUGAUCAUGAUGGUGACGAUGAUGAUGGUAACCAUCAUGAUGGUGACGAUGAUGAUUUUCACAAAGCAGAAAAAGCUCGUGAUAAAAAUGGUGGUGAUGGUUACGAGAGCGAUGAAGAUCAACGAGAUGACGACGACGAUGGCUCUGAUGGCGAUGAUGAUGAUGAUGGAGUGAACAUCAUUACAAGCGACCCGUUCUAUGACUCCAUUGCCAAGUUGCUCCCGUGGAUCGUCGUCUUAGGGUUCAGGGGAGGUGACCGUCGUGUCUGUACACACACCGGAGGAUCUCGACCAGAGGUUGCUGGAGGUCCUUCCGGAAUCUCGGCCAGGGAGAGGGAGGACCCCCCCCCCACCCCACCAUGAUCUCGACGUCCCGCGCGAGGUCUCGACACGUUUGCACACAUCUCGUCCCUAUCUCGGCGCCGAAUCUCCAACACGCAGUGCCAAAUCUCAAGAUGCUAUACCAAAUCUCCAACAGGGUACCAAAUCUCAAGACCCGGUACCAAAUCCUCAAAACCCGGUACCAAAUAGGAAGACUUGGUUUCAAAUCUCAAGACACGUUGCCAAAUCUCAAGACGCGGUGCCAAAUAUCAAGACGUGGAACCAAAACUCUAACACAGUGCCAAAUCUCCAACACGCAGAUACCAAGUCUCCGACACGCAGUGGCCGAGCGCUGGACGUGGGGCUCUCCAGUGGUGAGUCCCACCGGUGAUGUGCUAAGAAGCAAGGUGCAAAGUUCAGGACCGCACUCGGGAAUUGCAAUUCCAAACCAGAAUUUGUCAUCGUCAACGGCUUUUGGAUUGAUCGACAGUAGAAGCCCUCCUCCUCUCUCUUAACGACGGGAAUUGGUUCCAUGAAACCGAUCGUCUAGCGAAUUUGGUAGUUAAGCGAGUACAGGGAAUGUACGUUAAAGGCUUAAUUCGUUCCGAUAGUAUCGAAUUACCCACCUUUUCACCCCAUAAACGUACUUCGUAAUAUUUAAACAAUGGAUAUUAACACAUAUAUUAUCAACAUUAUAAACACAUAACAUUAAAAUAAACGCGGGUAAUGCAUUAAUUCAUAUUUAUUGUACCUACAACAGCCCGUCGUUAACAGGGGAAUGGUCGGUAAACGAACACAUUGGGCUCUAUGGAGGCCCAUCGUUAAGCGAUUAGUUGCUGACAGGGGUGGUCGUUACGAGGGGUUCUACUGUACCGUAAUCCCAGGAUUUUGUAAUCACGAGUCUUUGAUUAUUUAUUUUGUUGGGUUUCCUAGAAUCGAAGUACAACAUAAUGCUUCUUUUUUAUUCAUAGCAGGACCAUAGCGGUGUUGGAAUGUUGGAAUCCAGAAACUGAUUUCUGUACGAGAUUCUGAAUUCAUGAAAAUCAAAUACACGCUAUUAUGAAUCAUUUCCUGUUUCACGUGGUUGCAAAAUUCACACAACUGCGAUUAUUAAUAGGGCCAAGGCGCGCGUGGAAUUGCGGUUGAUGGGAAUCGGCAAUUUCCCAUUGUGCGCGACGGGGGUUUCAGUGUGAUCAGAGUUUUAGGAUUUCGAGACGCACGGUCCGGCCCGAAUCGCCUGGCACUAAACGUCGCCGUGCGAGGGAUUGGUCAUUCAAGGGGUCAUUCAUUCAGCGUGGUCAACGCGUUACGAUGCAUUUGCAUUACGACACAUCUGCAAAGUGCCCCUGGCGCCCGCUGCCUCUUUCCCCACUCGUCUGUGUGGCUUCCUCGCGCCUCUGAGUCGGUCCGCCUCUCUCUCUCUCUUAUCGAGAGUUGAAAUUAUGAUUCAAGCACCUGAGCAAUCAAAUGGCUGAGCAAAUCGUCACUGGAAAAGUAAAUAAAGCCUGUCCGCAUUUUAAGCAACCGGUUGCAGCGACGUCCACAACAUCAGCAAUGCCGCUGCGUGAAACUGGUCGCGAUGCAUUUUCGUGUGCGUGCAACCGAUCGCGAUGCAGUUGCAUGCAACCCGUCGUGAUGCAGUAGCCUGGAUCGGUCAUGAUGCAGUUGCAUGGAACCGAUCGCGAUGCAGUUGCAUGUAAAUGAUCGCAUUGCAGUUGCGUGCAAUCAAUCGCGAUUCAGUUGCGAGUGAAACCGAGGCUGCUCCCACUACCGUACGGCCCGCCACAGGUCUUUUUAU